AGGAAGAACUCUGCUAGGACCCAGGAACUAUGUGAAUACACACAAGAUGUAUAAUCUAUAUUAUAUAAUUAAAUAAACAAGUGAAAUAGUAAACCUUUCUGUAUUUAAAACCGAUCUGAGCCUUACGCUGGGGCCUGGUCAUCCGAUGUGACUAAAGAAGCGAAACAAGAAUCUACCUAACAAAGAAGACCGUUAUCUUUAAAAAACUAGCGAUUCCGGUUUAUUGUUUAAUUCUAACCAAUACUCCACCAGUUUAUGAAAUAUUUUUUGGUACAUUGAGGAUGAGGAAUUACAAAAGAAAAACUAAUCGAGGAACUAAAUCUGUGGAUUUCAUGCAGCGUGCUGCUCAAUUAGUUUUAAAUGAAAAUGUAUCAUUAAGGGAGGUUUGUCGUGUUUUUGAGUUAAGUAAAAGUUCUUUAUCCAGAUUUAUAAAACGAGUGCAGGAUGAUCCUACGAAUUUAAGAUUCGGCUACGGUACUCCAAGGAAGAUUUUUAAUAUGGAACAAGAAGCAAGUCUGACAGAAUAUUUGCUCAAACUUGCACAAAUUUUUCAUGGUAUAGGACCGAAAGAAGUUCGUCGCAUGGCUUAUGAUUGCGCAAUUAAAUUCAAAAUAAGUAUGCCAGAAGCAUGGCUUCGAAAUAAAAUGGCAGGUAAAGAUUGGAUGACCGCAUUCCUUACACGGAAUACACGUCUUUCAAUCAGAAAAUCUGAAGCAACUAGACUUAGCAGAAGUACGUCGUUCAACAAAACUAAUUUGCAAGAAUUUUACUCGAAAUUAGCUAAUGUCAUGAAAAGUUUUAAGUUCAAAGCUUCGACCAUAUGGAAUGUUGAUGAAACUGGUGUAUCGACUGUCGCCAAACCUUCAAAAAUAAUUUCAGAAAGAAAGCAAAGUGUUGGUUUUGUAGCAUCAGCUGAACGUCGCCCUAGUGUAACUUUAUUAGUGGCGGUAUCAGCUACAGGUUUAUACGUUCCUCCUAUGUUUAUAUUUCCUUGCGAACAUUUUAAAGACCAUUUAAUUAGAGAUGGUCCUAUUGACUGCAUAGGUGCAGGAAAUUCUAGCGGUAGUGAAACUAAUGAUGAGUUCUUUACGUUUAUGCAGCAUUUUAUUAAGAACGUUAGGCCUAGUAAAAAGUCCCCAGCUCUGUUGAUUUUAGGCAAUCAUUUAUCACACUUGUCUGUACCUACACUAGAUCUUGCUGAAAAACAUGGAGUGGUAAUGCUUUCUUUUCCUGCACAUUAUUCCCUCAAGCUGCAACCGCUGCACGUAGCGGUAUACGGGCCUUUUAAAAAAUACCUGGUUCAGCUCAAGAUGCAUGGAUAA